AUGGCUUCCAAUCAAGAUAGUACUUCCGUCUACAAGGACUUGAUUCAGUUCUUGCAAGCCCCAAGAAUGGAUCUGAAAAUGGAAGCAACAAAAGCAGUUCUCCAAGUGGUUUCCGAUCGCGAUGAAGUGCUUCGGCUCGUUGAACAUGGGGCUUUAUUACCUCUACUGAGAAUUGCGUCAGAUGCUUCUGAUCCUACCUGUGCUGAGAAUGCUCUUCAAGCUCUCUUGUAUCUGAGUUCUUCCACAGACCAAGCCACAAAUCAGUGCAUCGACGAGCUUCUUCAAAACAAGGCGGUCCCUCGAUUGGUGGAACUAGUGCUUGGAAGUACCAGAAGUCAGCACAAGCAAGUUAACUUCGCGUUGGGGCUCUUGGCAAAUCUUACACGGACCGAGCAGGGGGCACUUGAGCUAGUUGGGAAAACAUUGCCGGAUUACGCCGUGAAGGAAGUAGACGAGAAGGAAAUGGAGAACAGAAGUAGACCGACAAUGGAACUGUUAUUGGAUCGCUAUUUCAAUCUACAAUACAUCAUAGAUGUAGUCGACUAUGCGGCGCUUGAACCAUACGAGUGGGAUACUCUGGACAAGGAUCCAUACCAACAUUUUGCAGCAAUUCUGAUGAAUGCUACUCAGGUGAAGGCAGGAAGACAAUUUGUAAUGAGAAUACCAAAGCAAAAAGACGACGAACCUGCACAAUCUGUUCUAGAGAGGCUGCUGCCGCAACUUCAAACGAGUAACCCCAUUCGACGACGAGGAAUUUCUGGCAUGGUCAGAAAUGUCUGCUUGGAAAUUGAUGCCGCUUGGUGGUUGCUGAAUCAACUGAAGCUCACAUCUCAUAUACUUUAUCCAUUGGCUGGCCCAGAAGAACUUGACUUGGAUGAAAAAACAGGAAUGGAUCCAGAUUUGUGGUUGCAAGGACCAGACAAGGCCCGUGAGGUAGAUACGACAACCAGGUUGCAUUUGGUGGAGGCAAUUUUGCUACUGUGCGCUACAGGCCGCAGGUCUCGAGAAACACUCCGAUUGGCUCGAACAUAUGUCAUUCUAAAGUACUGCGACAUGACAGAAGAAGAUGAGCCUGUGAGCGAACGCAUCAAUGAAUGUGUGCAAUACCUGCGACGUGAUGAAGAGGGAACCGAAGAAGGCAGCAGUGAUAAUAUGGUGGAAGAGGCAACGCGAAAGCGAUUGCAGCUUACAAUGGCUUCCACUCAAGUUGGAUCGAAAAGUGCUGCGGAUUACGACGACGUAGAUUAA